AUGUACGCGUUCAAGAGCAUCUCCAACUAUCUCUUUGGCAACAGCAACAAGGAGACCAUCGUCGAGCUCACGUCUGGCCAACUAUUUCUUGUCCGCCCACUUUCGAUCAAAGGCUGCAGUGAGCUUCUAUUCAAGGACGCCGCAGCAUAUAUUCGCCGUACAGGACAGGAAUUUCAAUACCAGCUCGUGAUCCAGCGGGCGUACGAGGAAGGCGAGGCCGAGCUUCUGGAAGAGGAAGGAGGAGAGGACGGUGCGGCGAACGGCUUGGGUGACAGAGACGAGAAGACUUUCUUGCUUGACGAAGAGCUGCACCUACGAAUCGAGCUCAAGGACAACGGCGAGGUUGUGGUUGCUUGGCGCGAUCUCUCCGGCGACGAAGGCGAUCUAUUUGAGUUUGUCUGCGACGACAGCGUGAGACCUGAGACUGGGACCACAUUCGAGCUCAUCGCAGCUCAGUGUCAGUACGAGAGGAAGUAUCGACGACCCCACCAGCACGCGACAGAACGCAAUCUGCGCGAGUUCGCAUUUGACGACGAGCCAGCGAUACCUGAGGCCAGCCCCUUGUCCAGCCCGAUUGGACGUUCGCCAGGUAUAUCACCAUCACCGACCACACUCAAUCGCUCGCUGAACGACCUCCGUGAGCCAAGCGAUUACGAGAUGGCGCGCGAGUCUAAGAGCACCGCCACGCCCUCCAAGGCUCCACCAAAUCAGAUUGAGCCUACUCGUACCAAGGCCCCUUUGUCACGAAAGGCACCAAACACAAUUGAGUUACUGGCCAAUGAGGAUGCCGAGCUCCAUCUCUUCGAUUUCCAGUCAGGCACGUUUGUGCUGCAAGAUUCUGAUGUGCAAGCGAUUGUGACUGAGGUGGGCAACUGGAAAUACUGGCUACAGAUUACUGGUAAUAAGCAGCAAUGGCUGGGCCAGGAAGUUGUGCCGGACAUCAACCCUGUCUUCAACUUCGAAUACCUGUCCUUCAUCUUUAAUCACUACACAGAAGAUGGUUCAGCGUACUCGUGGCUGCUGAAGUUCAAGGAUCGUGAGACCGAGGAGAAGUUCCAAGAAGGUCUGAUGCAAGCGCUGUGGGAGCAUCUGAAUCAGACAAAAUGGCAGAAGGCGGUAAAAGAGUCGGACAAAGACUAUGUCCUGGAUGCUUUCAAUGAUCUGGUCCUGGAAGAUGAUGCUGAUGAUCAGCGCGAACUUGAGGCAGCGGAGGAGGACGAAGAGGAGGAUGACUUCGAGGAUGCGCACCAAGGUCAGAGAGAAGAAGACUAUGAUGAGGACGAGGACGAAGAUGAGGUCGAUCUCGGGCGUGAUGCAGAUGGCAACGUGAAUAGCCAGCUUGCGGUGGGCGCGAAGGUUGAUCGAUCAUUUGUCGUGCGUGGUGACAAGAUUGGUGUCUUCAAGCACACUCUAGACAACCAACUCCAGUUCAGUACAUCCAUCAACAAAGUCGCGACGCCAGGUGGCAAGGCUUUUGCGCCGAGUAAGAUCAUGUUGCGUGCAGCAGACAAGGAUAUGGUGCUGCAACGUGAGGGUGACCCGAAUAGCCUAUACCGCAUGGAUCUCGAAUAUGGUAAGGUGGUAGACGAAUGGAAGGUGCACGAUGACAUCCCGGUCAACAUCUUCGCACCCGAGAACAAGUUUGCUCAAACAACAGACGAGCAAACUUUCCUGGGUCUGUCCAAGAACGCACUCUACCGUAUCGAUCCUCGACUGGCUGGUAACAAGUUGGUCGAUUCUGAACUCAAGCAAUACACCAGCAAGAACGACUUCUCCGCCGCCGCGACUACAGAGCAAGGCUACAUUGCCGUCGCCUCAAAUAAGGGCGACAUCCGCAUGUUCGACCGGCUCGGGAUCAACGCCAAGACCGCUCUGCCUGCCCUGGGUGAUCCCAUCAUUGGUCUCGACACUAGUGCCGAUGGCCGAUGGGUCCUGGCUACUACACGCACCUACCUCCUCCUCAUCGAUAGUCUGCAAAAAGAAGGCAAGAACGAAGGCAAACUCGGCUUCGAGAAGUCUUUUGCCAAGGACAGUAAACCGCAGCCCCGUCGUCUAGCCCUCACACCCUCGCACGUCGCCCAAUUCCAGCACGAAACCAAACAAGCCCUCUCCUUCACCCCAGCACGCUUCAACAUAGGCGAAGGCAAAGACGAAACCACCAUCAUCUCCGCCACCGGUCCCUUCAUCGUCACCUGGUCCAUGAAGAAAGUGCUUGCGGGCAGGAAAGAUCCAUAUAGUAUCAAGCGCUAUAGUGAGGAGGUGAAGGCAGAUAAUUUCAGAUAUGGGAGCGAUAAGAAUAUUGUGGUGGCAUUGCCGAACGAGGUCGAUAUGGUGGCGCGCCGGGCGCUGCAGAGGCCGACGAGGGAGAGUAUUAUGGGGCCGCCUGUUACGCCACGGAGGGGUGCUGGGCGAGGAAGUUAUUUGGGGAGGAAUGCGAUUGUGAAUUCGCCUUACUAG